AUGCCGCGAUUUAAUAUUGGCAAAUACAGGAGAAAGAGAAAGCAGAUGGAGGAGAAAAAACUCGAGCAAAAGGUACAAAGCAGUCGCCAAAUUAUACAGAUCGAAACGGAAAUUGUAGAACGUGAAAUCGUGCUGGCUAAGAAAAGAAAACAAUCGCAUGCAAUGGACGAAAAGCUUAGAAAUCUCGAUGCAAAGGUAUGAUAGUAAUUUUCACAUGUAAAUUAAGUCAUAGUAAGAAUAAAACGUGCCCCUGUUAUUGGCAUUUCAAACCUUAAUUUAAAAGUGUGUACCCUGUAGAAAUUAACUAUAUAGUAUAUACAGUACUUAUCAAAAUAUUUCCUUACUCUAAACUGUUGUUUGUGAUAGGUAGAGAACAUAGUUAGUCAGAUAGAAGACCUUGAAGAUAUUAAGCAAGAGCUGAGACAACCUGAUAAAAAGAGUCGAGCUAGUCAAUUGUCUGAAAAGGCACUGCAGAGUAGAAAGGACAAUCCCACUGGUUUUGAGAAUGGUAAAAUUACACUAACAACACCUAAUGCAAGGAAGAGAAGGAAGGAAACCUUUAUGGUUGCCCAGGAAAUCCAUGGAGGUAGCAGGGAAAGUUCAGUACCAGGAGCUGUAGGUUUAGUAGACACUGCCUUAAACAAAUGUAGUUCAAAUGUAUUAGUCGAUGUAAUGUCUGCCAACAAAAAAUUCACCAAGCAUGUUAUGCCGUCUAUAUACAAAGGAAAUUUAAAAGCAUAUGAGUCUUCAGAAGAGAAUAUGAUCAGAAGCGUUAGUGUCUAUUAUUGUGGAGGCAUAGCUGGUAAAAAGAAAUAUCGAAAAAUAUACCGAAAUAGUUGUUAUAAGACAAGUAAUAGCAGUAAGGGUCGUGUCCGUCUUUCCAUCCAUAAAUGCCCCAUGCCAAGGCUUGUACCAUAUGACAAGCUUAUGCCAUUUAUUAAAUCGGCAAAUGUAGGUAAUAUUUACAGUGUGUACGAUACUCUUUGUGAUGAUCUUGAUGAAGAUGAUAAAGUAUGCGGUUGUUAUCGUAGCUUGAAGGAGCUGCUCCUACGUCUUGCAGAGUUUUACUUGUCUGGCAAAAGUGGUUAUACCCUAACCUGGUUUGGGGAAGAAUAUACUUUUUUAAUAACCUUAGGAGGGGACGGGGCGCCAUUUGGGAAAGACGAUACAGCAACUGCCUGA